AUGCAUAAAACCUAUCAAUUUGACUCAAAUCAGAAACCAAAAAUUAAAGACUUGUGUUAAGAAGAUAAGAAGAAAAUCGGAAAAUUAAUUAAAAGACUUGCACAGGAGAGGGAAGAAAAAGAAAUACUGUUAAAAAAAUUAGCAUAGAUGCAAUAAUCUGAAUAAAAAUAAUAAAGAUUGCAGACUGAAAUCGAAAAACUUGAUGAAGAAAUUUCGCAGUUACAAGAUUAAGAGCAGUUAUCAUAAUAUUAAACUCCUUAAUUAUAAACUCAAAGCAAAUAAAAGUUAUUGUAUAAAUUUGAAAAUGAUGAUGAAAAUAUUCAUCAAAGUCCGAACUUUAAAGUCCUUAACCAAAUUCAAGAAGAUCAAAGUUCCUCCUUUAUCAUACCUACCACGCAAAGAGAUUCUCCAAUUAAAAUCGAUUAAUAAAUCCAAACUUCUAUUGUUCAAUAAUCACUUUAGCAAUAACCAAUAGUAUAAUAAAAAAAGUCAUCAAAAAAGAAGAAGGAAAUAUUAAUGAAGAAGAUAUAAGAAUUUGAAAAGAUCGUAAACAGAUUGAAUUUUUCAAAUGAAUAGAGCAUCGAAUUAACUACCAAUAGAAAAUCUGAGGAAUAGAAUUCUUAAUUGAACAAUACUAGUUAUAUUCAAAAUGUAUUUUAGAAGUUAUUAAACAUUGAUUAAUAAUCACUUCCAACUUAAUAAACUGUUAGAUCAGAAUAGUAGAGUGAAAUACAAUAGAUAUAAUUUUAGUAAUAACCAAAAUAAUAUAAUGAGGAUGACCUCAUCAUUUAAUUAUUGAAUUCAGAUGCUUCAUCCUAUAAACCCUAAAAUUAAAAUGCUUUCAGUUCUGCCUCCAACGUUUCAAUUUAAUAAAAAAAGUAAUAACAUAAUAGGACCAAUUCAACGAUUAUACAAAAUGAGAAUAAAUAGAACAAAUAAAAAAUAGUAUUUGAUCAAAUUCCUUCCCCUAUUGUAUAAGAUGCAUAUUGCAGGAAUGUCGUAGAAAAAUAUAACUCAUUAUUGCAAGAAUUAAACAGACAGUAAUGA